AUGUGCCCAGGAUGGUUGGUCCUCGCACUUCUGUCCGUACUAAGCCCAGGCACCCAGGCCUUCUACAGCCAGCUCGCCAAGUGUUUUGAGGACCCCCAGUAUGAAGAACUGUUGCAACUGGCGAGAGAUGGACUGGGACAGACUGUGGAAAGGAAGCGAGUAGUGGUGAUUGGGGCAGGCAUGGCUGGGCUCACUGCUGCCAAGAUGCUUCAAGAUGCAGGCCACCAGGUAACUGUCCUGGAGGCCUCAGGGCGUAUAGGUGGCAGAAUAGAGACACACAGAGUGCCUGGAGCAGAUUGGUAUGUGGAACUCGGCGCCAUGAGAAUCCCUGCCACUCACAGGCUCUCCCGUGAAUUCGUCAGGAAAUUUGGACUAGAACUCAAUAAGUUCUGCCACUCCGACCUCAGGACCUGGGUGCUAGUCAACAGGGUGCGAAGUCGGACAGAAGAGACAAACACUGAUCCCAGCCUGUUAAGCUACACAGUCAGAGCAAAUGAAGAAGGGAAGUCGGCAGAACAGCUGUUUGAUCAGUCUCUGAGGAAGUGGAUACCACUGGCACUGGUGAUUGGAUUUUCACAGAAAACAAGCGUUACCAUUAAAACCAUCAGGGUGGUGGAGGAACUGAAGACAAGUAGCUGCAGCAAGGUGCUGGAGAAAUAUGACUCCUUCUCCACCAAGGAGUACCUGAUAAAAGUGGGCAACCUGAGCCGUGGGGCUGUGCAGAUGAUUGGGGACCUGCUGAAUGCAGACGCUGGCUACUAUGAGGCCUUUACAGAGACUCUGCAAACUGUCAUCUCCUUCAACCAGGAGCCCCGGUUUGAUGAAAUUGUUGGGGGCUUUGACCAACUCCCCAGGGCCCUGCACGAUGCCCUCUUGCCUGGAACGGUGCAGCUCCACUCACCAGCAGAGGAAGUGGAGACUUCUGGUGGCCUCGUCCAUGUCACCUACCAGACAUCUGACCCUCUGAGACCCAGAGAGCGUCUGACUGCAGAUUACGUGAUUGUGGCCACCACAGCCAAGGCUGCCCGGCUCCUCCAUUUUCAACCACCCCUCUCCCGUGAAAAGGAAGAUGCACUGCGUUCUGUCCACUACAACAGUGCCACCAAAGUGAUCUUGGCCUGCACACAGCGUUUCUGGGAGGAGGAUGGCAUCUUUGGAUGUAAGUCCAUCACUGACCGGCCUUCCCGCUUCAUAUAUUAUCCCAACCACGUCUUCUCCAAUGGCACAGGAGUCAUCCUAGCAUCCUAUACCCUGCAUGAUGACUCCUCGUUCUUUACUGCCUUGAAUCAUGCCCGGGUAGUGGAAGUUGUCCUCAAUGACCUAGCCGCAGUCCAUGACCGCUCCAAGGAGGAGAUCAGGGCUCUAUGUCCCUACUCCAAAGUCAAGCAGUGGAACCAGGACCCCUAUUCCAUGGGAGCCUUUGUCUCCUUCACACCCUACCAGUACGUGGACUAUGCUAAAGAACUCUGCCGACCAGAAGGGCCGGUAUAUUUUGCUGGUGAGCACACAACCCUGCCCCAUGGCUGGAUUGACACAGCCAUUAAAUCAGGGAUCAGGGCUGCACUGAGCAUUCAAGAGGCUGUGGGCUUGGGCUGGGGCUUGACUAAGAGCCCUAGAGACCAGAAAAAGCACCACUCCAAAAGUGAGCUAUAG